CGGCAAAAGGCAAAUCAGUAACGAAGAAGUAGCAAUGGCCUCUCUGACCGCUACCGUGGCUGUUGCUCAACCGGCGGGCAUCAAGGGGCUCGGCGGCAGCUCCCUGCGCGGCACCAAGCUCCACGUCCGUUCCCCUCGAAGAAUCUCCUCAAGUUCUAAAAGCAGGUCCUCUGGUGCUGUGGUGGCUAAGUAUGGGGACAAGAGCGUCUACUUUGAUCUGGAGGACAUCGGCAACACAACUGGUCAGUGGGAUCUGUAUGGUUCUGACGCGCCUUCUCCCUACAAUCCACUGCAGAGCAAAUUCUUCGAGACGUUCGCAGCUCCAUUCACCAAGAGAGGUCUGCUGCUCAAAUUUUUGAUACUCGGCGGAGGCUCCACGCUUGCUUACCUUAGCUCCACCGCCUCAGGCGACAUACUACCCAUCAAGAAAGGCCCUCAGCUGCCGCCCAAGCUAGGUCCACGUGGCAAGAUAUAAUUUUGUCUCGGCAAGAUCUCCCAUGUAUCUCCCCAUUUGUGCUGUUGAUAUGUACAACCUUCUUAGGACUACGAUUGUGCUCAGUAAAUCUGAAACCUGAGUACGGUUCUCUGUGACCGUAGAAAUCCUUAUGUUCGUUGUUUAUGUUCAAAAUCUAUAAUUUCUGCUUUCAGUGGCAUACUUUAUGGCUAGAUGGGUGAUAAAUUUCAUUUC